AUGCCAAACCUUAUCAUCAGAUCAAAUGCACUAUGGAUGCUGUACAGGCAACUACUAUUGGCCAAGCCAAUCAGUGACUUAAUCGACCUUGCAAAACUUUGCGUCACGUAUUUCCUCUCCAUUUCCAAGAGAAGUAAAAAACAAUAUUACCGCGAAUGCAAAGAUAUCCGUUAUACCUUCAACUCCACGGGUCCGGGUUGCGUUUACAUCCUCAUUCCAGUAAUUUUGUAUAAUUCCGAAACAUUAUCCCAUUUACGAAAAAAGCAAGAAAGGAAGGGAAAAAAAAGCAACGAAAUAAAUAAAAACAUCGCCUUAGCGAUCGUCUUGCAGAAUCAGAGAAUUUGUAACAUUCUUGUGCUUAAUUCGGAUACUGGCGCCCACGAAAAUUUGGAGGGCAAUGGCGGUUUUCCAAAUAUGCAGCUGCUUACAUCCCGCAAUCCUGUGAGUGUACCGCAAGUUUCUAAAUACGUUCCAUAUUUACCAUUUGAUUGGCAUAGUUUAGCCAAACUUGAUUCUUGCGCCCUUAAGCCUAAUCCAACCACCAGCCAACUUGCGGAGGAGGAAAGAGUCCGGAUAAAGAAAAUUCCAAGGGGGAUGUGCGCGUGCAGCCACUUUACAAAGAAUGCCUGCGACGUUCUUUCGUGCCAAGGAGUGGCGAGCAAUUGGCGGGAGUGCGAUGAGGGUCGUGCAGCGAGGGUGGAGCAGUCGGGCAUUUCUGUGAAGGCGAUACGGGGGGAAAGAAAAGAUCGAACGGUAGACCACGUCGGUGUUCAUUCGCCGAGCCAGGCACCGCCCGCUGGGCCACCCCUACAUCCGGGUACCGCCCUCCAUCCCCCUGGUAGCAGGGGCAGGGGUAAGGAUGCACAGCAGCAGCCGGGCCGCACCGGUUGCAGUUCCGUCAGUCCAGUAGCAGCCGUCACGAGGCAAACUUGUAUCUCGUCACUGCAACUCCAUUCUACCGCGGGACCGGUUCAGAAUCGUCUGUUGAAAAGCCCGUACCAGCGAGUGUUCACUCACGGCGGUGCGAUGCAAGACCACGCCGUCACCGUGUUUGUGGAAGAUGAUGUACGUCACUUACCACCUCAUCAUCAUGGCUUCCUCCCAACCCCACCUCUGACACCAACAAGUCCUCGAAGCACGUUCAGCAAUAGUAGUGGUUGUAGUAGCAAUAGUAACUCAUCUUCACCAGCACUUCCAAGAGAAGAACCAUCUACCCACCCUAUACCCGUUGUUCCUUUACCGAUGCAUCUCGGUUCUGCUUUCACCGCUUACUUCCCGACGCAGUCUUCGGCAGCACAUCCUCCCUUCAACCCUACUGUAAAAUGGAAACGGAAGAAAAAGCCCUUCGACUUUGCUCACCUUGCCGAAUCUGCAACGAAGGCAGAUGAAUACGAAGAGAUUGCCGAAGAACCAUGUCCACCUGUGGAGAGUGCUAUCCAGGACCGAUUAGGUUUACCUGGGGCGCAUCCACAAUACCAUCAAAGCCAUCCUAUUUUUCUUCAGGGAAAUCUUUAUAACACAGUAUUUCAUCAAGAAAUUAUCGCUAAAUCUCACCAGAAUAAUAACAGGACAUUAUACGAAAGAAGAUUCUACAAGUCAAGAGUAUCCAGCAGGCCGAAGAAAGAGUUCAUUUGUAAAUUUUGCCAAAGGAGAUUCACCAAAUCAUACAAUUUGUUAAUCCAUGAAAGGACUCAUACUGAUGAAAGGCCUUACACAUGCGAUAUCUGUCAGAAAGCUUUCAGAAGACAAGAUCAUCUCCGAGAUCAUAGGUACAUCCAUUCCAAGGACAAACCUUUCAAAUGCACUGAAUGCGGCAAGGGCUUCUGUCAGUCCAGAACACUAGCCGUUCACCGCAUACUUCACAUGGAGGAUUCGCCCCACAAGUGUACCACUUGCGGCCGAACAUUUAACCAAAGGAGCAACCUCAAGACACAUCUCCUAACACACACUGACAUCAAACCUUACAACUGCGACUCCUGUGGGAAAGUCUUCAGGAGAAAUUGCGAUCUCAGGAGGCACAGUCUUACUCACAACUUCAUGAAUGAAGGACUCAUGAACACUGAAUCAUCAUCGGAAUCGAAUUAUGGAAGCAUGCCAUUAAAUUUGGCCCAUGAGUCACAUUCGGUUUAAACCAAAAGUUUUCCCUCCGUCUUUUAUUAUCUAUUGUACCAAAAAUUUAUAUAUUUGUUUUUAGGCAACUGGUGUGCAAGUCUAGUGGUAGGUACUAUAAAAAAAAUGUAUAUGCUAAUAUGUAAUUUUUUGAAAAGCAUUAUCAUUUAUUGAAAUAUUAUGUUAUUGCUUUAUGUGGAAUACAUAUCAAAAUGGGGGGGGGGAAUACUAAGUAUUUUUGAAUUUUUUUUUUUUUCUGAAUUAAAUUCAGGCUCUUAUUUUUUUUUUAAUUUCUUAUUCGGGUUCUUAUUUUUUUAACUUGCACCAGACCCACUGCACAUUAAAUCCGCCUUCGGUGGGAUAGAGUCUGGAGCUGAAACCCUCCGGUUCCGAAGCCGAUGCUAUGCCAUCGAGUCCAAUUAAAUAAUUUUACAAAAGCAACAAAAGUUAAAGGAUUAAUAUCCUAGCAGUUUUAAUGUUCUAGCAAUUUGUAAGAACUGCAUUAGAAACUUUAAAAAUCUCGUCAAUUUAUUUUUUAAAGAUUAUUGAGUGCUAUCUAACAUACAUAUUAUAGUAAAAGUAGAGCUUUUGCUGUAAUGACUGUGCUGAAUUAUUUUCCUGUUAGUAUUGUUUAUGAUUUAUGUAAUAAUGAU